GGCUGUGCAGCGCGGCGCGCAGGCAGCGUCCCGCCCGCUCCCUCCCCAUGCACGGCGGCGCCAGCCGGGGGACGCGGCGGCAGCUCCGCGCCGACCCGCGCUCUCGCCGCUGCCUCCGGCUGGGCGGCGCUCCCGCCGCUCACGUCAUCGCGCGGCUGCGGGCGGGGCGGUCCCGCCGCGCUGCCCCGGCCAGGCGCGGCCGCUCCGCGCGGGGCUCGCCGUGCCGGGCCGGGCCGGGCCGGGCCGGGCCGGGCCGGGCGGGACGGGGAGCCCCCCGGCCCGCGGGGACACCGUGCGGCCGCAGGGCGGGCGUCGCGCAGCUCUCCCGGGGAGCCGGCGGUCCCCUCGUCACAGAACCGCAGCAUACUCUGAGUUGGAAAGGGCAAGGGACACACAUGGAUCAUCGCGUCCAGCUCUCGGCCCUACACAGUACCAUCCCCAAGAGUCACUUUGCAGUGUGGAAAACUCACACAAACAUGCUGCAGUGACACUGGAAACUUCUUCCAAGCAGAGAAAAGAAAGAAACUCCAAAAUAAAAAUAUGCUGAUGCCUCCCAAACAUAAUUACUUAAUAUGCCACUGAUAUCCAGACCACUCAAAAGAUACAGAGAGUAGUGUACUACAUUGGUUGUGUUCACUGCAUGACAUAAGACUAUGCUCAUCAAGAUUUCUGUGGACAGAUCCUGCAAAUGCAAAGAAUUUGACUGAAAUAGAUGACAAGUCCUUAUAUUGUUAAGUUUCAGUAGUUUGUCAGGAUCAGGUGUAGUUGGGCCUGCAAAAUGUCUCACCCUCUGGAGUGAUAAAGCACACCAUCCCUUGCUUAGAUUUUGAAAGUCCAAUCUGUGUUAGGACUCCAAACUUUACAGCUUAUCUAAUCAUACCUGGUAUUCUUGUUUGUCUUCAAUUAUAAUUAAACAUGUUUAAGUAUAGCAUAGCAAGAAACAGAAUUGUUCUAUGAAAAAUCCUUUUUCACUGUUCAGCAUUGUUCAUUACUUUCAUCAGGGUUCUGGCUACUAUAUCAAUUUUCAAGAAAACCUUUAAAAGGCAUCUGCACUCAAAAACUGUGAACAUCUCAGGUUUGCAUCUAACUGCCAUUUAAGCACCCCCCCUUCCCUUUUUCUUUGCUAAAUGAUGAUACAGUGUCCAUACAUUUGCAUGUUACUAUGCUUGGACACCAGUGUCAACCUGUGGGAGGGAGUUGCUCCAUACUGUUCACACAUUUCAUUUUGUGUCUUCACACUCUGUGAAUGCCCUUGUGUAUAGGGUGUAGUAACAUAGGCAUAACCUACAGAAUCCAAAAACAUGGAUGCUAAACAAUAAAGUUAGUAAACAUAUUCCCGAAUAAUGGACAAAGAUACUGCUAAUAAUACAAAAAACAUUAUUUCUACAGGUGGUGUAGCAGCUUCAAAUUUAGUUUGCUUUUCAAAGCAAGUUACGAACUUGCCAUCUGUGCAAAAGGCUUAGUUUUACUUACUUGAUUACUUUACUUCAGUGUUCUAAAUUCUGAGUUUAGUGUGCUGGCCAGGAUAUAGACUUUGUUUCAUUUUCAUGUUCAAAAAGCUGAAAAUUACAGAAAUAGUUCUGUAGUAGUUCCUUCAAAAAUUCUCAUAGUUGUCCUUUGAUUUAUAAUUUUCAGCUGAAAUUAAAAUCAAAGCAUAUUCUCUUUUCAGAAGUAGGGAGUUAUUUGCAAAACCUUUUCAAAUUACAACACUAACGAAGUUACUUAUUUUAGUCAAAUCUAUGCAUGUAUUUCACUUUUCUUUCUACUUUUGUAGUAGGAUGUAAAAUUCAUACUGUUUAGUAAGUACAUAUGUCAUAAUGUUUUGUCUCAUUUUAUUUGUGUAAUAGGCCCUGCCUUGGACAAAGACAUAGUUUGGUUAAAAAGCCAUGCUUUCUCUUUAAAUAUAUGAUGCGAAGAACAGUCUUAAAAGAAAUGUUAUCAUUUUUUAUAGUCAUUCUCUGAAACCUUUUUCUUGAAGUUGUAUGAGUGAUUACCUCCUUCCUGGAGGGGAAUGGAAGAAAAAGCACCUGUAAAUACAGGUGCUUUGUGUAUGACUCGGCUUGCAAAAGGACAUACUUCUAAUUCAUCCCCUGUGGGAAAAUAUAACUUAGAAAAAGAAGCCAUCUCUUGGCUUUGAGGGUCCCAACAGGAAGCACAAGAUUUUCCUCUUCCAUUUGAAGGGAAGACAUCCAUUUGAUACUGUUCCUCUGAGGGACAGUAGAAAGUACCUAAAAAUACCAUUUGUAAUGCAUUUCUGAAAAGACAGCUUUUGGAGCAUAUACCUAAGGAUGCAAAAGGUACUUCUCCAGACACUGAAUUGUACCCUCAUUAGAAGAUGCACAUCUUUGUCAGUUCCUUCUCCAACAGCCCACUGUGUUCUUGAUCAGGUACAAAAUGCUGCAUAACAACAAUCCCAUAGGAAAAAAAUUUUAAAAACCCUAACAAACAUAGAAAAAGCCCUACAAGAACAGGCUUUAGUUCAGUUGCUGAGCAAGUAAAAAGCGCUCAGAGACUACAGGGACUAAUGCAGGACGGUGACUUUUAUAAAUCAGUGGAAUUGAAUCAGGUAAUGCUCCCUGUGUGUCCAAAACUUCCCUGUUUCCUUUCCCAGAAGUUUCCAGGAGCUGGAUAAGCUUUCAUUUUCAACAGCUCUCCGGGAUUCCCUCCAAACAAUACAAGGAGAAGACAGAG